AUGGAACCCAUUAAAAGUCACCAGGGUAGAAAAUGUGCUAUUUGUGUCCCAUCUUCAAUAAUUUCGGGUAGUAACGCUAGAAAUUUGGAACAAAUUACCAACAUUGCAUACCAAGUUGCAAGAGCAGCUACAAUCUAUAAUGUUUCUGAGAUCGUCAUCUUGGAUAUUCCAAGUCCCGCAGAGAAGCAAGCCAAGAGAGACACCGAAGCGCAGAAGUUUGUGGCGGUCGCUGGAGAGGGGGGAAAUAAAAAGAUUUCAUUCAAUCUAGCUAACGAUGACAGUGAUGCUUCGGAACAGAUGACGGAACAGGAAGUUAACACCAGAAAGCUGGAUGAGAGUGAAAAUAAUGGACUAUUAUUUGCCACUCUUAUGCAAUAUUUCGUUACUCCCCCAUAUUUAGUAAAGGGUGUUUUCCAGGAGAGUAUAUUCAAACACAAAUUCAAGUACGCACAAAAACUUCCGAAAUUGAGUACUUUACCCUUCAUGAGCAACAACGAAGUUACGAAAAUCUUUAAAGAGGGAUUAUCAGUCCCUAAGCAUACUCCAAAAAUCAAGAAAAAGAAUAAGAAGGUUAGCGCCCUAAAGAAGUUGCAAGUGACGAAGUACAUCAAUAUCGGAAAUGAAACUCCACUUAUCUUGAGUGGAGCAGAGAUCCCAAUUAACGUGAGAGUCACCGUUGAUAUUAAGAACAAAAAAGUUGUUAGCCCUCAAGUAGCUUACGGAAUUUCAGGCACUAAGUCUUCCUUUGGUUACUUAGUUCGCUACGCUAAGACAUUUAGCUCCAUCUUCACCGAACUGUCUUUUCCAAAUGGUUACACAAAAUCAGUUUUCAUUCAAGCGAACGAUUACUUUUCGAAAACAACGAAAACUACCUUAGAAAAAAUCGACAGUAUUGAAGAGGGACAAGUGCUUUUGAUAGUGGGUAAGCUUGAAGAAUUCCGAGAAAAAUUCUCGCAGGAAAGCAUUCCCGAAGUGGACAGUGUCACUGAUAUGUUUGAUGGAGAGAUUGAAGUACCCGCUGGACUUCGAAUUGAGGAUGCCGUAAUGAUUGGAUUGACGAAGGUUUUGUAA